AUGUUACUUUUACCUUGCUUUAUCCUAGCAACAGCUUUCCUUUCCAGUUCACUAAUUACUGCUACAACAACUUCUUGCUGCAACUUGGCAACAGAUUCUCUCGAUUGUAAAGCCGCCUGUUUAGAGCUGUACGGUGUUCAUCCGGGCGACAUGGAAGGUUAUACGAAGAGUGUAACUGCCUUGCUAGAGCGUUGCCCUUCUAAUAAUUUUAAAUUAAAUAAUGGAGACAUCUGCAGCCAUUACGUUGGCAGGAUAAAUGUUUUUGAUGUACGAUUUGGUAAUAAAUCCACUACGUUUGAAGUAUAUCCGUAUGAUAGUAUUAAUAUUAGUAGCCACAUGUUGCACCAACAGAACAAAACAUGGAAAACGCAGUUUUGGCAAUGUAUUCCUCCAACUCGAUCAGAAUUUUUUGUGGGCACCCCAGCCCUUUUCGAUGAUCAACCAAUAUGGCGAGAUUGUUGUAACGUUACGGUUACAAAUAGAUGUCGAAAAACAUGUCUAAAGCAUUUCUUAAUGGCAUGCAUCGAGAGAAAGAAAGUUUCUCAGGGAUGUUGUAAUAUUGCAUCGAUUGGAUCAAGAUGUAGUAGAGCUUGUAAUAUGAUCUUUCGAAAUGAUAUUAACAUCUCCAGGGCUCACCUGUCAGAUUUAAAGUAUCAUUGCAAGUAUGCCGAUCCCGAGGUUUAUCGAUGUGCUAUGGAAUAUGCUCAAUCCGAUCUAGCAAAGCAAACUGUACCAGGCCUAUCCUGCUGUAGUAGAACUACUCUGAAACAGUGCGCAUCUACUUGUCGAAGAGCAUUAAUGAACGCUAAGUAUAGUGAUUUAGAAAAACUUUAUUAUAUUCGAAGGAAGUGCAGAAAGAAUAGUAUUUUGCUAUUUAAUCAAACAUUGAUUCCGCCAUAUGAUUUUGAUCGAUAUAAUCGAAAAUGUUCAGUUGCUGAAGAGGGCAAGCUCAAUACCUGUUUAUUGGAUGUCGUGCGACCAUGCCAGCUUGGAUGUAGAAAUUUAACAUUUUGUAGCAAUUUUAAUCGACCAUUAACUUACUUCAGAAACUGCGACAGCAGUUCUGAUUCUUAUGCCCAAAGAGUAUAUAAUAAUAUUAAAUCAACAUUGGCCUCGGCUGCCUCGAUCGAUGUUGAAACAUGUUAUCCUAACAUUUGGAAGGCCAUGGCUUGUAUUCUACAAUUAAGGCCAUGUCAUACCAGAUUUCAUGGCGCUUAUAUUUGCAAAUCAGAUUGCAAACAGAUAAUAAGAUCUUGUUCUCAUAACGUUACCAAUAAUAUCGUCGAAUCAUUGUGUAAUAACUUAAUUGCUACAAACUCUGCCUAUCCUCAUUGUAUUCGUCUAGAGGAUUAUAUCGGAAAUACAACUGAAAUAUCAACAGAUAGCUGGACAGCCCUCAAUCUUACCGAGAGGCUUUCACCAUGUCAUCCAAAUCCAUGUGGUUCGUCUAAAUGCGAAAUUAUUAACCGAUGUCUGGUUGAUGAUAAGGAUUGCGUUAGCUAUAGAUGUUUAUCAGAUUGCCCAUUAGGCGUAGCAUCGCAUUACUUUAUAAAAAAGGGAAGCUACAUUAAGUUACUUGCAACGCCCGGGAUAGAGCGUUGCCAUAUGAUUUGUAAAUGUUUCGCCAAUACUUCAAUGAUUGAUCAAUGCUAUAGUUUGCCUUGUAAUAGCGAACAAUCCUGCAGGAUAGCUGGGAAAAAGACCAUAGAGCAUGGUAAACAAUUUUAUGAUCAUUGCAAUUUAUGUGGCUGCUUUAAUGGAAAAAUAACAUGUACUAAGAAAAAUUGUUCAGCCUCAGUAGGCAAACCAAUUAAAGGUCUACCAUGUGAUUGCCAAUUAAAAUAUGAGCCUGUUUGCGGUAUAAAUGGACAAACAUUUGGCAAUCCCUGUCUGGCACAGUGUGCUGGACUGGGGGAGGAUGAAUAUCGAACUGGCCAGUGUAUUGAAAUUGAGCCUUGCCAAGUGUUUUCAUGCAGCUCUGGCAUUUGUCUUACGGAUAGAAAAAUAUGUCUUGGCAAACAAUUUCCAGGCUGUCGACAAUAUAAAUGCGAAUUUAUAAAGGAGCAGAAUAAGGACCCGAGCAAGAGGGACAUCAACUUUGUUUGCGAUUCUAAUAAUAUACAACAUAACAGCACUAUUAGCUUAAUUGAAAGCCGACAAACAUUCUCUUACAGCGGCUACUGCUUGGAUAAAUGCAGUACUGCGGGUAAAGUCUGCGGCACAGACGGCAAUACGUAUAUUCAUGAAUGUGCAGCUUUAGCUGCUAAAGUUCUAAUUGAUUAUCAUUCUGAAUGUCAGAAUGUCGGUAUUUAUCAAGCGCCCUAUCUCCAACUCGUAAUUAGUGAUGAAUUAGCUGAUAACAAUUCUCUAGCAGCUGAUCAAACUCCGAUAACUGUAAUCCACUUGGUUAAAGAAAUUCAAAAUCUCCUUACAACUGUUUAUUGCAUUGUAUACGGGCAUAAAUCUUUUGAAGGAGAUGUUCAAAUUAUAAUUAAAAUGACCGAUCCUCCUAGUAUGACUAAGUUUCGUAUUUGUAACAAAGAGACUGAAAGUUUGCAGACUAUGUUUUAUAAUAAGAACCUACCUAUAAGUGGUAGCAUCUCUCUAUCAACCGUUAUUGCUGUUGAGCAGCAUCAGGCAACAUUUCAAUCCGAAUCUCCAGUCAUUAACGAUAAUUCCAGUAGCUCUGCAUAUGGCAUAACGAUGGAUAAGAAAGCAAUUUUGUUCACAGUGCUAAUUUCGCUAGGAAUGAACGCACUCUAUUGCAAUUUUCAGAUGCUUUAA